GGUUAAUCCCUCAUUCUGCUCUUGGUACAUAGAUGCUCUUCGCACCAAAGUAAGUGCUGUGACUAUGAUGCGUGGAACAGACCAAAUUACCUCAAAUGGCUUGGAUGCCGAUAUGCAUCGGGACAUCGCUUGUACAGAGAAACUUCUGAAGAUUGGAGAACGUUUCUACCAUGCAACAGAUUCGGAUUCACGUCGUCGACUCCUGCCGCAAAUUCUGGAUACUAUCUAUGAAUUGGUAGAUCUCAAAUACGACAAAAUGAUACGAGCAGACGCUUUGUUGACUUCCUCUACAUUUGAUGAUCAUAGACAGCAGUUAAUGUUUGUUUUUACCUGUCUGGACCACUGCCAUCAAUUCGAAGAACUCUCCGAUGAUUUUUUGGAAUGGAUCAUGUCUCGCUUCAUCCGAUCUCGUAUGAGUAUUGUUGUCAACGCGAAAUUCGGUGGUUUCUUGCAGGAAAAAAUUCUGCAUCUUGCCAGUCUAAUCAAUGACAAACAGUCAUUUUUGACGCAUAUCGUCAUGCAAUUGGCCAGGCUCGUUAACGGUGGCAACGAUUUUUCUCUCAGCAAAGCUACUGGUAAAUAUGAUACACACACCGAUCUCGUCAAUGUGUUGGACUGUCGAGGCACCGUCUACAGUUCUCUUCUAGAUGUAAUUAGACAUGUUAACUUCAAGUACGAAUCGCUAUCAUGCAGAACCCUGCAAAUUCUAUGGUUAUCACUUGUGAAAAUAUGCGCGGAGGGACAUCCUCGACUGAAAACUACAUGUGUUCUUCUUUUCCAAAGACUUUUAUCACUGGACCUGGGCAACGAAAUUGUCUGUCGACUGGUAUUUGAUGUUAUUAUGGCUACCGAAGAGUUUAUUGUCAGAGAGAUCAAUUCGACAGAUGGCUUAGAGACUUUGAUCCAAGCUCAUGAAAGUUGCUUGAAGGUGCUUAUGGAGCUGCUUCGUGACAUGGAGCACAAGAAAUCAUUCGACAACAUAGCAGUUUCUGUAAUUCUUUCUUGGGGCAUACGAGCUGCGGAGUUAGCCUCACGAUUUGAUGUUAUACCAUUUCGCUUCGAGCUGAUCACAACAUCUGUCUCGCGUUUGCUAAGCCGUUUACAAGGCGAUCUACCGAAGGAACAUUUAGAUUUGAUGAAUAGGCUGGCAGAUCUCGUCCAGGUAUUAGUGGAACACCUUUUGAGUGUCGACGUGACACAUAACGGAAGUGUGGUAGAUCAUCUUCAACCAUAUUUCUCUUUCUUGCUCAACUCCGACUAUCUUUCGUCACAAAAUGAACGAAGUCAGUGGAUAAUAACGUACUGUGAGUCGCAGUGGCAAACGCUAAUGAGCAACGGGAAGCACGGUGAUGCGAUGAAAAUCAGGAGGAUCGCAACGGCCUCUUUGGCACUUUGUAAAGGAGAAAAGGCUUCAUCUGUGUUCAAAAGCAUCUUACCCUCUGAACAACAACUUAUUCAGGUCAUUGAAGCAGCAUCUAAAUUAGGACCAACUGCUGCUUCCGUACUGCUCAAUGUCUUUGAACUUGUUGGUGAUCUCGUGUCACAUCAAACGGCAUUCCCCACAUCGAGCUUAGUGGCUUUUCUCUCGCUUCCUUGGUUAAUGGACCCAGAGUUACAACUGCAAUCCAAACGCCACAUGGCUUCCGUACCUCUGUUGAAGGAAAUGAAUCGCCUUGCAAGACUGAAUUUACCGAUUGCAGAUGAAAAGAUCCUAGAAUACACUCUCUCAGCAAUGUCAAUGAUGCAAGGGUUUUGUGACUGGCGCAGAACGAUUUUAUUAUCCGCCAUGUCUUUGCCUCGUCCUAUUCUCGUGCAGGCAGCUCUUUCUCAUCUCGCAAUGUUUGUCUCCUCUCUGGAUACGCCAUCUCUACACCGUCUUCUGACCCCAGCGGUACAGCUCGCUUCAAAUCCGAGUUUUAGGCACUUGGAUAUAGACAUGGCAUGCGUGUUGAACGCCUUAUCCCACUCCCUUUGUGCCAGUCAUUCCGAGAGUCAAGUUCGGGAAAAUGCUGUGGAAUGUUCCGCGUGUGAAAGAAUGAUGGCAGGCAUGGAACUUCCGGAGCAAGACAAAGUUCAACAACUUUCGGGAUUACCUGAUUUACUGUUGAAAGUCUUGACAGACGUAAAGUACAACAAAGAAAAACAUAUUAGAUUGGAUGCGGCUGCAUUGCUGUUCACGACAUUCUGUCAUGUCCUGUACUCUCCAGAUGUGUAUAUGAAGCUAGCGAAAGCUAGUUUGUAUCUAAUAAAUGAUGAAGAUGAGGAUGUACGCAGUGUGUAUAAAUCUGCUUUCAAAGUCAUAGUGUCUAGCGCGUGGUCGUCUGAGCUGAGUGAUGACAUAUUUGUCGAGCAGUUUUGCAAAGCAUAUCCACUAGACUGUGACCAGACAAUGGCGGAAGCUUCCAACACAUUCGUAAUCCUAGCAGCCAAGUACUCCAAAUGCUUUCGGCUUGCAAGCAACUCUUUGCACCAGCUGUUUGUUCGAGCGUUACGUUAUCCUGGCUCAAUUAGCAUAUUCGAUGACUGCAAACUUACGAUACAGCAAUUAGCUGCGCAAGAGUUCAAGGAGGGUCGGGAUGUACGACGAUUUUUUGCGCGAAGGAAGAGGGUUUUCUGCCAGAACCUUGUCGAUGAAGUUUUCGUUGCUGUGUCACGUGGGGACCAUACUGAAGAAGUUUUGGACGAAGAGUUAGACGAUUUUCUUGUGUCUGCGCACGAGCUGUUUGGAUUUGAUAAUCUCUGCAGUUUUGUGCGAUCUGCAGUCUAUAUCGUGCCAUUCGUAUUGCUCAGCGAUGCAAAAUAUAAACGAGUCUCUGUACAAUUUCUGGACAGGAUUAGAGCACACCUCGCCAAACACAGGCAGGAUUUGGUAGCAGAAUACUUCCCUUCUGUUCUUGAAAGACCUUUGAACUCUGCGCAGAAGAAGUCGCUGAAGUCUUUUAUCAAAGAAUAUUGUAAUCUCGAUUUGAGAUACUUUUUUUAUACGAAGCGAUUUCUCUGCACAGUCUAUGCCUUGAGAAGCAUAUCUCUCGACACUCCCGGUUAUCUUGAAAUCCUACAGACCAUACGCGGUACACAGAGGGAUAUCAAAGAGCCGUUCAGCCUAACAUCAGUCAUGAAGUUCAACUGUGAAUAUCUCGGCUUUCUUCUAUCUUUUCGUCGAAGUUUGCUUGAUGACGAUCAUUAUGAACAGCGAGAUGUGCUGUUGUCGAGUCUGGCUACCAUAAUUCGAUUGGUAGACCAGAAGUUCCUCGAGGAGAUCUCCCACAAAAUAAUGGUUGUUUUACGUGCAGCUACAUUUGUGGGUGAGGGAUCCGUUGCAGUAUGGUCCGAGUUCGUGCAAAGACUUAGUGACGGGAUGCUUGCGAAUCUGCUGCCAAAAAUCCUAAUUGCCAUCCAACCCCUUUUGAAAUUUCCUGCCACCAAUAACUUGUUGGACAGUAUCUUCGACAGGAGGAAGCCGCUCGAGAUUGAACAGAGCGAAGCAUUCGAAAGAACGGCGUUGGUCUUGCUAAAUUCUGAAGCUGGGGACUCGUCACGCAUCAAUUUUCACCUGAAAAGAACUUGCUCAAACGACACUACAGAGCACAUAAUUUCUAGCUGUGUGCGUAUGCUCCUUGAGGAAUGUGAUACGGUCGGCAGAGUGGUUCUACAUAAAUUAUUGACAGUCUUGGAUGGAAAUCCGCUUCCGGAUAGCUUGUCAGCUGAACUUAUACCUGCUUUGCUUCACACCAUGCGCAGUUGCAGUGACAGCGCACUUCGUGUGCUCUCCGCUCAGUGUCUUGGGAAAAUUGGAGCUGUUGAUCCGGGCAGAAUUGGUUCGUCUGGAUUAGGGCUGGCGAACAAUCAGAAGAAAAUUGCUUUUGUGGAUGACGCCAAGGAGUUUUACAUUGACAUAUUGGAGCGAGCAUGGCGUGUUUACUCAAAUAUCCUGGACGCAGAUGUCCUAGACCAGGUUGAGUAUGCUUUACAGUCGCUUCUGUCCGAACUCGUGGGAAAAACCGAUGAAUUCGGCAUAAUGGAACGCUUGAGCGAAGAAUGCCGGAGAGAUAUCGAGCCGUUCAGGAGUAGCAGUCUAGUCCAGACUCAUGAUAGGAAGGGCCCUAUAAAAGAGAGGCCUAUAGUCGAUCACAGCUCGGGUUACGAAGAGUGGCUCCUGCAAUGCUUCAUUAUCGGUGUCCCAAAGGUUCGUCAACAUCCCGAAAAAGAGCUUUUCAAAGCCUUGAAAUGGAUUGUAUUUGCGAAGGACGCUGUAUUCACUAGGCAUGUGCUUCCACAACUGAUUGUUCGGCUAAUUCUCGAAAACAACGAACUCAUGAUCAAAGAGUACCGUAAUGAGAUGACCAGCGUCCUGGAAAGAGUUGUCACUAACGCUGCUGGUUGGAUGAGACUAGCGGCUCAUGUUGUCUUUUCUGUCCUAGAUACUCUCGAGCAGUAUGCCAUAAGGAGAAUGGCGAAGAAAAGGCCUAAUGACAAGGAGUUAGAGAGAACACAAACGUUCCUAUCUUACGUAUUCUCGCAGAAGACAUCUAAUGGAUCACUGUUGGUGGUAGAAGCAGCCGAGAGGUGCCAGUGUCUGCACAGAGCACUCCGCUGGUGUGAGCAGCAUGAGAUAAAGCAGGACGAAUUGGGAGGCAACAUUUUCGACCGCAACCAUUUCUACACGUUGCAGCGUAUCUACACUCAGCUCCAGAAUGUUGAUGGAGUUCUUGGAGCAUUCGAGUGCAUCUCUGCGUGCACGUCACCUACAGCAGAUGAAAGAAUCUUGGCUCUCGAAGCGAAUGGAGACUAUAACGAGGCGCUGCCGUUAUAUUCACAAUCGGCCAAUAAUAAAGAGCUGCAAUUGAUCAAAUGCCUCCUGCGAUUGAAUCAACCUCAACUAGCUUUGAAUACUGCCAUUUCGUUGUACGAAAGUGAGGAGGAGAAGUCUCCACAGAUAGUUGGUGCACUAACUUCUAGUCAGUUGGAGGCCACUUGGCAUCUGAGAGAUUGGGGCAAUCUGGAAAAGAUGAUACAGAAAUGUGACCCACUGCUUGAUCGAAAUGAUUGCUCCUGGGGUGCAUCUUGUGCAUCCAUACUUUGUGCUGUGAAACGAAGAGAAUCUGCGAAGCUGACUGAGCGAAUAUUGGCAGCUCGUGAGCGUUUAGUGGAGCGAAUCACGGCCAAAACCAUCGAAGACUCGAAUACUUAUGCUCAAGCCUACAAGUAUAUCGCUAAUUUACACAUUUUGGAUGAGAUUGACGAGAGCACAAAUACUCUAUCGCUCCUUUCGAGCAACAGAUCUGUCGAUUUGGACGCCGUGUUGGCUAAAUGGCAGAACAGAUCCGAAUGUGUCACGCAGUGCUCCAACAUUUUGGAACCGAUUCUCUUGGUGCGACGCGAAUUAUUACGAGCUUCUGCUGAUGCUGGAGCGGUCGAACGUCGUGAUGUUGACAACGCUCUUACACAACUACUUGUACAGAGCUGUCGUCUUGCUCGCCAAUCAGGCCACGUCCAGAUUGCAUGGACCUUUUUGGUAGAGGCAAAAGCGCUUGGUGUGAACCUGAAGGAUGUUGGAAUGGAAGAAGCACGCUUUGAAUUCCAAAAGGGCAACCAAUCUCAAGCAAUAGGGCUUCUAUCAAAAUUGUUGACUACGAAAUUUGCAGACAUGAACAAGCUAUUUACAAGUUUUGUUCAAUGGCAUGAAACUGGAGCUAAAAGUAGCGCGGGGUCUCCGGAUGUUUUGGUGAAAAAGACUAGUAGAGAAUCGAGGGCUGCAUUUGCUGAGGUGCAACUUUUGCGAGCUGAGUACAUGCUAAAGUCUGGUGCUGUGGCGGCGAAUGAUCUCUAUCAGAUUUAUUUGUCUCUGCAGAAGUUUGAUGUGCCAUCGGAAGAUUUGCAUUACCGUGUGGCAGUCUUCUGUGAUGGCAUGUAUAGCUUGGAUACGGAGAAGGUGAGAAGCGACUUAGUGGCAAAUAUUUUGAAGUCUUACGCAAAUGCUCUUCGAUUUGGUCGUAAUCAUCUGUUCCACGCGAUGCCAAGAAUGCUGACAAUCUGGUUGGAUGUUAGCCAGAAGAAGACAGGAACGAUGCAAACGCGAGGAUCUGAUGCUCGUUCUAUUGAAAUGAAUCAUCGCGACAACAACGAUAUUGCUCAAAUGAACACAGAAAUCUCGCGUGCUUUCCGACAACUGGACUCGUACACAUUCUACACUGCUUUUCCACAACUUAUUUCUCGCAUCGUACAUCCGAAUUCCUCUGUUUUCACUACGUUGAAGGCAAUCCUAGCUGACCUCAUCUGUAAGUAUCCUCAUCAAUGUUUAUGGCAAUCAAUCGCCGUGUAUCGUACCGUUCCUUGGCAAAAGAAUAUCCGACAAGAGAGAUGUGCCCAAGUCUUUGCGGUAGUGAAAAACAAGCGUCACAAUAUGGAUGUGUUGAUUGAUCAGUACGACUACGUUGCGUCAAUACUCAUUGAAUUGGCGGAAAAGAAGAUCAAAGCCUGUGGAUCUUUCUCUGAUUUGCCGAAAGUGGCUCCUCGUUUGCAUAACUUUUUCGAAAGGGGAGAACUUUGCAAUGAUCUGCUCAUGGGAGCAAAGGAAAGAGGACUAUCUGGAAUGCGUACCGUAACGCCUACGGUCAUGAUUCCGCUCACAGAAAUGUUGGAACAUGCAUUACCAAAGGACUUUUCCGAUAAGGUUUGCCAGUUUUCACAAUUUGUGAUGGACGCAUCCACACCCGCUGAAUCGCCCACGGAACUGCCUGAAGUGUUCAUCUGCAGUGUAGACCCGGAAUAUUUGGUACUGAAAUCUAUGCUGAGACCUAAGCGCAUCGCACUUCGAGGUGGUGAUGGUCGCCGAUAUCUUAUUAUGUGCAAACCAAAUGAUGAACUGCGUAAAGAUGCUCGUUUCAUGGAUGUUAACAGAAUGAUGAACAGCUUGAUGAGGCAAAAUGCAGACGCCCGCAGACGACAAUUGUUUGUUCGCACUUUCAGCGUUAUUCCACUACAGGAAGCUGGAGGAAUAGUAGAGUGGGUUCCUAAUUUGACCCCCUAUCGCGGAGUACUUCAGCCGCUAUUUGAGGAAAAAGGAGACCCGCUACCCGAUGCUCAAUGGUUUGCAAAUUGGAAUGCAAGUAGUAGUUUGGAAGAUCGCCUCGAAAAAAUGAGAACAUUUUUCUAUCGUCGUUACCCGCUAGUCAUGGCUGAAUGGUUUCGACGGCAAUUCUUGGAUCCAUCAGUAUGGUAUGCAGCUCGUCUGGCUUAUUCUCGUUCGUGUGCAGUAAUGUCAAUGAUUGGAUUUGUGCUUGGACUAGGAGAUCGACAUGGAGAAAACAUUUUGAUCGAUGUCACCGAGGGAUGCGUUGUUCAUGUCGAUUUCAAUUUGAUUUUCCACAAGGGAGAGUAUCUACCGGUUCGAGAGGUCGUACCUUUUCGGCUGACUCGAAAUAUGGUGAAUGGUUUCGGACCCACAGGAGUUGAAGGCUCUUUUCGAAGGUCGUGUGAAUCAACCUUGAGAGUGAUGAGAGAAAAUAAAGACACCCUAUUGACUGUUAUUCAAACAUUCGUUCACGAUCCUUUGCUGGAAUGGAUCAACACGGAGGCCAGAGCACAGCAGAACAGAGGGCGUGGACAGCAGAAAGUAAACGCUCCAUCGACAGAAAGUGUGCAGCUGAUUCUGAAACGACUUGAAGGUCACAUCGUCUCACCGGAGGUAUAUAAGCACAAGUUCUCGUGCGCACCAAUGAGCCUCGAAGGGCAAGUGGCGAAGCUGAUUGAUAUAGCCAGUGAUGAGAAAAAUCUGGCACAGAUGUAUAUCGGUUGGGGACCUUUCAUAUGAAUGAACUCCAUACUAUUUUCUUUCGAUGUACGGUUAUCCUCACCUCAAAAUUCUUGCUAUACCGGUGAUCUCUACUUGUACAU